AGGUAAUUGGAAUUGUUGGGCAGUCUGAGAUUGAGAAAGCGGUUUCGUUGUUACGGCACGCAGAGCGGCCAUUGAUUGUGUUUGGUAAAGGUGCGGCUAUUGCUAGAGCUGAGAAUGGAUUGAAGAAGCUGGUAGAGACUACUGGGAUUCCGUUUUCGCCUACUCCCAUGGGGAAGGGAUUGUUGCCCGACACCCACGAGCUUGCUGCGACAGCGGCGAGGUCACUAGCCAUUGGUAAAUGUGAUGUUGCACUCGUAGUUGGUGCAAGGCUUAAUUGGUUGUUGCAUUUUGGGGAGCCGCCGAAGUGGUCUCGAAAGAUGUGAAGUUCAUCUUAGUGGAUAUAAGCAAGGAGGAAAUUGAGCUGAGAAAACCCUGUUUGGGUUUGGUUGGAGAUGCAGCAAAGGUUGUGGAGAUGAUUAAUAAGGAGAUUAAGGAUGACCCUUUUUGCUUGGGGAAAACUCACCCUUGGGUUGAAGCUAUACAAAAGAAAGCGAAUGAGAACGUGUCAAAAAUGGAGGCUCAGUUGGCAAAGGACGUUGUGCCGUUCAAUUUUCUGACACCGAUGAGAAUUAUAAGGGAUGCAAUUUUGGGAGUGGGUAGUCCUGCUCCGAUAGUUGUUUCUGAAGGGGCAAACACAAUGGAUGUUGGUAGGUCUGUGUUGGUUCAGACGGAGCCUAGGACUAGGCUUGAUGCUGGGACAUGGGGGACAAUGGGGGUUGGUCUUGGUUACUGCAUUGCUGCAGCUGUGGCUUCACCUGACAGGCUUGUGGUAGCAGUCGAAGGGGACUCUGGAUUUGGGUUUAGUGCUAUGGAAGUUGAGACGUUGGUUCGAUAUCAGUUACCUGUGGUGGUGAUAGUUUUCAACAACGGUGGUGUAUAUGGCGGUGAUAGGAGAAGCCCUGAAGAAAUUACUGGUCCUUUUAAGGAUGACCCUGCACCUACUUCAUUUGUCCCUGGUGCAGCUUAUCAUCUCCUAAUUGAAGCUUUUGGGGGCAAGGGUUAUCUUGUCGAGACACCCGAUGAACUCAAAUCUGCUCUUACUGAAUCUUUCGCGGCCCGGAAGCCAGCUGUGAUAAACGUCACGAUCGAUCCAUAUGCUGGUGCUGAAAGUGGGAGACUUCAGCACAAGAACUGAGGUGGCUGUAGGGCUCGAGCUGGAAAUUUGAUUUGCGGACUGAGUACGACAAUGUUCAAUAAUGUGAGUCUAGGAUCUUGUUGUAGAGUUUUUCUUCUUUCUUUCUUUUGGAUUAUUUGUUUUAAGAGGUGUUGAUGUACUCAAAUAAAUUGUCGACUGAAGGGAGUCUUGUGUUGUGUAUGUUUGCUCAAGUGAGAGCGGGACAAGGUCACCAUAAUUGUACCAUAUAGAGCUACAGAGUUGAUGGAUUCUACAUUUAGAUUUCAUGUUUAAUCUUGAUCGUGUGGUUAAAGAUAUGAAUACCCCCU